AGUCACAAAGACAAAAGCAAAGUCAUUCAGAGAUGAAUUGACAGCUCGACAGAAGAGAAGGAUGGAGAGAGAGAGAGAGAGAGAGAGAGCGAGAGAGAGAGCUCACCAUAAAACUCUGUGCCACUGUCACAAAAACAAGAUGGGGGGAGUCAGUGAAGGAGAGGAUGUUUUAGCCAGAUGGAGUGACGGUCUUUUGUACCUUGGCAAUGUCAAACGAGUUGACAACGUCAAGCAGUGCUGUUUGGUCCGAUUCGAGGAUAAUUCUGAAUUCUGGGUGCUCAGGAAAGAUAUCCACUCAUUCUCUUCUGGAGUAGAGGAGGUGUGCUGUAUCUGUGAUGCUCCGCCUCUUAAAGAACCUCUCGUAAACUGCCUCAAAUGUCGCCAUGGUUAUCAUCCAGAGUGCCAUACCCCGCCCAUUGAACCUGAGGUUGACCCCAACAGCUGGAUAUGUCGCCAAUGUGUCUUUGCAGUAGCAACAAAGAGAGGGGGAGCGUUAAAAAGAGGACGUUUUGCACGACUCAUGCAGAUCAUGAAAGUGAGGCUGCCCUAUCAGCUGUCAUCUUUAGACUGGGACGCGCAACAUUUGACCAACCAGCAACAAUGUUACUGCUAUUGUGCUGGACCAGGAGAAUGGAAUCUGAAGAUGUUGCAGUGUGGGAGUUGUGGUCAGUGGUUCCAUGAAGCGUGCACUCAGUGCCUGACCAAACCUCUUCUCUAUGGAGACCGCUUUUAUCAGUUCCAGUGCUCAGUGUGCACAAACGGUCCAGAGACCAUCCAGAGGCUUCCAAUGACCUGGGUAGAUUUGGCUCAUUUGGUGCUGUAUCAUCUCUCCCUUUGCUGUAAGAGGAAAUAUUUUGAUUUCGAUCAUGAAAUCAUGUCCUUUGCAAAUGAGAACUGGGAUUCUUUGCUUCUUGGCACGCUGUCAGAUACACCGAGGCAAGACCGUUGCCAAAACCUGCUCAAUGCUUUAAAUUCCCACAAAGACAGGUUUGUGUCGGGGAAGGAAAUAAAGAAAAAGAAGUGUCUCUUCGGCCUUCAAGUUCGGGCUCCUCCCCCUCUGUCAUCUGACACUUCCCCUUUCAUCGCUGAACAGCCAAUCAACAUCGCCCACAGGAGAAGCCCGACAUCACUGGCCUGUCAGCGGAGAGCCCUGGGUCCAGAGGCCCGUAAAUCAAAGCGUCGGGUCAUUGAGACACAGACUUGUCCACAGGGAGUUGCGUCAAACGCUAUUGACCUGGUGCCAUGUUGCCCUGGUUACGUAGAUGGUACAAGCCUGUACAACCACAGAAAACCUGAGGAAGAGAUGAGCUUUGGUUCACCUCCCAAGAGAAUGUUUGCUCUCUAUCACCCUUCAUACAAUGGAUCUCAGGACUCUAGAACUCUGCACCAUUACAGUGCCGAAGACCCUUGUCGACUUCCAGCCCCCUGCCUUCCGUUCUCUCUCUCCUCGGCUCAUCCUCCAGGGCAGCGGUUUGAAAACUGCCCCUCUCUCUUCCUGCGUGACGUACCACCCUACUCCAGCACAGCAGGCAUGGGGGAGCCCACAGCUCACAGGGGGGGAGGGGACACUGUCAGGAUCCUGGCCAGACGUAUAACGGCCGACGGGAAAGUCCAGUAUCUAGUGGAGUGGGGAAAUGUGUACUAAGAGAGAGAGGAGCAGAGAAUAUUCGUGAAAGAGAUAGAGGUUUACGUACAAAGAGGAAAGGACCAGAGACAUCUGGAUGCAUCAUUAGGGUGUGCAUGGUUACGAGCAGAGGUGUGAAAGCAUCGCUGAGCAGGUGUGGGUGUUCUGCGGUCGUUUCAAGAGCAACAGGAGAAUGAAACGACAUCACAGCAGCUUCACUCUGAGAUUACACUGUUUUAAAACUCCUUUCCUGUUACAGUGUGUCCUAUAUUUUGAAUACUGUUAGAGAAAGCCUUUAGAAUGCCUUGAACUUUAUGAUCAUGAUUUGUAAUGCAUAAGCUAUUCAUUGCAAUCACAUGUUGUUCAUGUACACAUACACUACAAAAAAAAAAAAAAAAAAAUACAUUGCAAAAACGUAUUUGGUUACUCAGUUUUUUGUUUUUGUUUUUUUUUGUCUCAUUUUCCAGUAAAAACAUUUAAACAUCAUACAAAACAUAUUUACUUGAGAAGUAAAAUCACAUAUUAAGCCUUGUUUGCUUCUCAAGUAAAUGUAUCUUGUUUUAAGGAUGUUUAGAUAUUUUACUUGAAGACAAGACAAAAUUACUGAGAGAAAAUAAUUUUUUGCAUUGUAAUUUUCUUUCUCAAUAUUUUGCCUUGUUUUCCAGUAAAAAUAUAAAAUUAGCCUAAAAACAAGUAAAUUUGUGUAAGAUCAGAGAAUAUACUGUAUCUUAAAUCAAGUUAUUUUUCUUACCUAAACUGAAAACCUCACUGAUUUAUUCUUAAAACGAGAGAGAGAGAGAGAGAGAGAGAGAGAGAGAGAGAGAGAGAGAACAACAACUUGCUAAUGUGAUAAGAAAAAUCACUUUUCAAGAUUCAAGAUAUAUUCUGUCAACACUGAGAACCUAUCUCAUAUAUCUUAUGCAAUUUUAUAUAUCUAAAUAUAUCUUGUUUUAAUGAGGAUUUUUAGAUAUUUUUACAGGAAGACAAUACAAAGUGCUGAUUAAGAAAAUGCAACAGUCCAAAAUGCACGAAAAUUUAAGGGAAGCUUUAUCAUGUGGUCACGCCAAUAAUUGUAAUAUUUUAAUAACAGGGAAAGUAAGUGCCCAUCUAAAAAUCUUCAUGAAGUCACUAAUUGUCAAAUUAUCCUUCAAAUUUCUCAUGAUGGAUGGCAAAAAAUAAAUCUAAGUUAAAUCGUUUAAUAAAACGGAUAUUUCAGAUAACACCGUUUUUUAAAACUUGAGAUCCUUUUUACUGAAUUACAAAUGACAUGACAUGAAUUAUAGCAGUUUGAUAGCGUAUGUUAUUCAGAAAGUGAAUUUAAAUUAAUUUAGACCUAGUGAUUGUGAUCUCAAAACCUCCUUAACUGUGGUAAAAUCACAGUAAUGUACGGCCUGUUGCUUGUAUCUAACGGAAUUGUCAUCAAACACACAAAUGGUCAUUAGAUGGUUACAUUUCUUCUUAUUAACAAUCAGAAUAAACAAUUCUUCUGCCAAGUUAUACAGUUCAUUAGCCUAACUGUAGGCUGUAUAUGAUUGCCAAGCAACAGCAACUUUGCGAAUGUUCAGACACAUUUGUGAUUUAUUUAUUUAUUUUUUGAACUCGGCUCAUCUAAUCAGAAUUUGGAGUCGGAAACAUUGAUAAGGAUGAAUUUUAAAGGAAUAUUCCAGGUUCAAUACAAGUUAAGCUCAAUAGAUAGCAUUUGUGGCAUAAUGUUGAUUACCAUAAAAAUGAAUUAUGACUCCUCUCUCUUUUUCUUUAA